CCUCCUGCCCCAGCCGGGACGUAGAGAAAGGUCUGUGCAAAGGGUUACAAAAAAACUACAACGUUGUUUUCUGGGCUGUGUUUUUCUUGAGGGCAAAAAUAAAACCUGCUCGUCUACAGACGUGUGGAGGAGCCAAAAGUAGAAAAUGGGUGUGCCAAAGAUUUUUUUUUUUCCAGUGUGAUUUCUUUGGAAGAAAAGUGGAGUCGUUUUUUGCCCUGGUGUUGAGGGAAAAGGCAGAGUCAGUGGAGAUCUGUUAACAGGUUGUGUGACUGAGCCAUUCACUUCCCUCUGGGCCGGGCUUAGUGACCUCCUAGCUGUGUGACCUCAGGCAGAUUAAGGAACUCCUCCCAGCCCAGCUCCCUCCUCUGUAAAAGGGGCGGGCACAGUAACCUCUUCGGAAUUGGUCUGAGAACUGGAUGAGGGAGGCAAGGUGCUGUGGCUGUGAGGCACCCGCCUGGCUCUGUGCCCCAGCUUGCUCAUCUGUAGGAUGGGAGCAAUAGCAGUGCUCCCUCUAGGCGAGUUGUGGGGAUUAAAUGAGGUCAGCAGUGAUAAGUGCUUGACUCAUCGUAAGACAUAGAACAACAGCAUUGCUUAGUAAGUCUCCAACUGGUGGCCUAGAAGCCAGGUCCAUUCCCAAAAAUAUGUCUUCUUUGUUCUGAGGACUUGCAGCGGCCUCACCACAGCCCACUUCCUGUAUUUAUCUAGCCCAGGGGCCCCUGGAGGCAGCAACCUCAGGAUUCUGAAUCUCGGGUUAGUCCCUUCCAGCCUCCGUAAUCUGAUUUUGGCCGGGAGGGUCAUAGGUUUCCAUGGAGACAUUACUGCGGACACAGGAAGAAGGGCAUAUCUGAUCUGUUUGCUGAAUGAGCCCGGUGGUAGGCGGCUGGAGCUGCCAGCCAUUUGGGAGUGAAACACACAGAAGGGAAGCAAAGAGUGAAGGCCAGGCCCCCUGGGGGCUGAUGGCCGGCAGGCGACUGGAUCUGCUCUGGGUGCUGCUGAUGGUGGAGACUGUGUCCGGGGCCGGGGCCAGCAGCCCAUCUGCAGGGGCCCACACCAGCCCCCUGUUUCCAGCCUCAGGUGUGAACCAGACCCCCGUGGUAGACUGUCGUCAUGUGUGUGCCCUGAACGCUUCUGACCGCUGUGACUUCAUCCGGACCAACCCUGACUGCCGCAGCGGGGGCGGCUACCUGGACUACCUGGAUGGCAUCUUCUGCCACUUCCCCCCCAGCCUCCUCCCUCUGGCCAUCACCCUCUACGCUUGUUGGCUGCUUUACCUGUUUCUGAUUCUGGGAGUCACUGCGGAGAAGUUUUUCUGCCCUAAUUUGUCAGCUAUUUCCACCACGCUCAGGCUUUCCCACAAUGUGGCAGGUGUCACCUUCCUGGCGUUCGGGAACGGUGCGCCUGAUAUCUUCAGCGCCUUGGUGGCUUUCUCGGACCCACACACAGCCGGCCUGGCCUUCGGGGCGCUGUUUGGCGCAGGCGUGCUGGUGACCACUGUGGUGGCGGGUGGCAUCGCCAUCCUGCGCCCCUUCACGGCUGCCUCCAGGCCCUUCCUCAGAGACAUCAUCUUCUAUAUGGUGGCUGUGUUUCUGACCUUCACUGCACUCUACCUCGGCCGGGUCACGCUGCCAUGGGCCCUGGGUUAUCUGGGCCUGUACGUAUUCUACGUGCUCACCGUGGUUGUCUGCACCUGGGUCUACCAGUGGCAGCGGCGGCGAUCCCUGGUCUACUCCAUGCCGACCACGCCAGAGAUGCUCUCGGAUUCCGAAGAGGAGGAUCGGGUGUCAUCCACUACCAACAGCUACGACUAUAGGCAAGAGUACCAGCCGCUGCUUUUCGACCAGGAGAGCACGGCGCAGAUCCUGGUCCAGGCCCUCAGCCCCCUGGAUUGCAGGAAAUGGAAGAGCAAGCCAGUGCACUGGAGGGCCCUUAAGGUGCUCAAGCUGCCCGUGGAGUUCCUGCUGCUCCUCACUGUCCCCCUCGUGGACCCUGACAAGGAGGACAGAAACUGGAAACGCCCCCUCAACUGCCUGCACCUGGUCAUCAGCCCCCUGGUCCUAGUCCUGACCCUGCAGUCGGGGGCCUAUGGUGUCUAUGAGAUUGGUGGCCUCUUUCCUGUCUGGGGCAUAGUGGUGAUUGUGGGCACAGGUUUCGCUGCAGUGACCUUUUUUGCCACAUCUAACAGCGAGCCCCCCAGGCUUCACUGGAUCUUUGCCGUCUUGGGCUUCCUGACCAGCGCCCUGUGGAUCAACGCAGCCGCCACCGAGGUGGUGAACAUCUUGCGGUCCCUGGGCGUGGUCUUCCAGCUGAGCAACACUGUCCUGGGACUCACGCUGCUGGCCUGGGGGAACAGCAUCGGAGAUGUCUUCUCUGACUUCACGCUGGCCCGCCAGGGCUACCCGCGCAUGGCGUUCUCCGCCUGUUUUGGCGGCAUCAUUUUCAAUGUCCUGGUGGGAGUGGGGCUGGGCUGCCUGCUCCAGAUCUCCAGGGGCCACCCCGAGGUGAAGCUGGAGCCCGACGGACUGCUGGUGUGGGUCCUGGCCGGCGCCCUGGGCCUCAGCCUCGUCUGCUCCCUGGUCUCGGUCCCGCUGCAGUGCUUCCAGCUGAACAGGACCUACGGCUUCUGCCUGCUGCUCUUCUACGCGAGCUUCCUCGCCGUGGCCCUGCUCACCGAAUUUGGGGUGAUUCACUUGAAAAGUGUGUGAGUGAAGCCAUGUGUCCGGGUCCACCUGGUGGCCGGGAGGUGUCCCCGCAGGCGGGGAGCUGGAAGAUGGAGGUGAUGGAAGAGGAUGGAAGACGGAGGCGCUUUCCGUGGAGCCCGCACCCGCGCGGGCGCACGCGGCGGGGAGCGCGCUGUGGGCGGGAUGGGGCCGGGCGCUUUGCUAGAGGUCCCGGGCGCUGCUGUGUGCAGGGAGGAAAGCUAAGCCUCCUUCCUGGGGCUUUGGACACUGGGCUCACUGGGUGGACAGUCCCAAGCAGAAGAAAGGAGACGUCUUAAAUUAUCUGCAGGGCCUCUCCAAGGCUGGGGUGAAGGGGAUGCCUGGGUGCCUUCGGGGCUGCUGUGGGAAGACUCGCAGUGUUCAGGGCCGGAGGCAGCUACAGAGCCCCAGGCCCCUCCCCGUUGGUGUCCCCUGGUGCCUGCCUUCAUCAUCUCCUCAGGGUGCAAAUGCUGCAAAAACCAGGUUUAGGGAGUCAUGGCAACUGGGACCCCCAUGGGCAGGGUGCUUGGCCUGGUGUGCCUCAGGCCGUAAUGGGCUGAGUCCUAGACCUGCACCGUCCAACAGAAACGGAAUGUGGCACAUAACUAAUUUUGAGUUUUCUAGUCACCAUGUUAAUAAAGUCCAAAGAAACAGGUGAAA